GAAAAUAUUGUAUCUAAAUUACGGAAAUUCACAUGAGAACUAGUUUGUAAAAUAUAUCGAAGUUUUUUUGGCCGUGAUUAAUUGGUGCAUUAAAGCAGUGUGUGAAGUUAGUUUAAUUGAUUAUACGUAAUAUCCUCGAGUGGGAAGUGCUCUGAGAGAAGAAGUCCAUCCAUAGAACGUACACAAAUGUCAGAUUUAAAAGUUAAAUGGAGCUGGUUCUAGUCUCAUAUCUUGUAGUAUCUAAUAUCCCUGUCCGUCCGAUAUUUACACAAUUGAAUUAUUUAUAAUUCGUGAGAUUUGCGUUGAAAAUAUUCUUGAUGACGAAGCUGUCAUAUUUUCUGAGGAAGCGACGUCAAAAAAAGAAGAAUAAACUCUGCUAGAGAGCGAGAAAAAUACGAUUGGAAUUUGCGGUGCUCUUUGUAGCAACGUAUUGAGGGCACAGACAGUCAUCGUUUAAAAAUAACAGAAAGAAAUCGUAAGACAUCACGUAAGACAGAGUGCCGAUUGCAUUGUGCAGCGGAAUACUUGGUUCUCCACUGUUAUCCAUGAGGUGUUCGCAACAUCUGCGACCAGCAGGUCCAAGGUAGAGAGAGUGAACUACUCGGAGAGAGGAGAGACUUAGCCGCGAGACCAGAAACAGAGAGAGAGACUGAUCAGAAUCCUACUCUUCUAGGUGGAAUCUCUGACGUCAGUCUGGAGGAAGUCGUAUGACCAGUUCGGGACGGUCACUGGUAAAAAGUGACCAGGAAAAAGAAGAAAAGGAGGAAGAGUAGGAGAAAGAGGAGAAGGCAACAGUCUCCUCUAUCUGGCUACGUUUUUACCGGCCGGCUCUCGAGAGCAUCUUGCGCCGCCAUGUCCUCCACGCAUCGCGACAUCCAUCACCAGUAGUAGCGUUUGCCCCUACCUCUCUUUUUCUCUUUCUCGCUCUCUCCUUCUGCCUUUUCGCGGCAUCCAUUCAGUGGCCGUUGUGCCGGACUAAAAUUACCCUGGUUGGUUACGAUCAACGCGUGAGCGAAGUGCUAGCUCCAGCGUGGAGCGUUUCGGAGCUGAUCGCGACUUGUGAGGCGUGUAAUACCUGAUGCAUGAACGGUCGUGAUACAUCAAGUGUGUGAAACUGUGAAUGGAUGUUGCGUGAGGCCGAACCAAUUUCGAUUUCGUGAUAUAAUAGUGCUUGCACUGAGUGGUUACGCUGAUAUCUCAGAUAUAAUUUUUGGUGAGAAGUUUACUGAAUGUCAUCGAAAGGAUUCACUAAUAAUAUAAGAAUUUGGAGUCUACAUCGUAAUAAAGUGGAAAAAUCUAAGGAUCGACUGGUGUUGAUGAAUUGAAACGGAUUAAGUAGUGUUUCUAGUAGAUCUGUCAACAUUUGAAUGAGGUGCUUGUAUAUGAGGUGUUUAAAAAGAAACUCCACUAAGUGAAGUUCUCUCUCUCUCUCUCUCUCAUAUUGUACAAGAGAUAAGUGUGCUACAUAAAGACCACACCUGUGUCACCGAGCGUGGAUGUCAUUAGACGUCAGUGACAUCGCGUAUGGUGCAUCAAAGGAUACGUGGAACUGCCACCGAUCUGUUAUAUUUGGAUAUUUGACGCGAGUGGUAUUGCUCGUCGUGAAAACAUCGCCGUCCAAGAGAAAUGGGAAACCACCCGUCCGCCCACCAGCCACUCGAGAGGGCUACCAGUCAUGCUGGAAAUGGUCUUCGCCUCUCGAAGCGCGAGAGGUCGCCGGGGAAAAGAAUGGAUCGGCUUCGACGAAGCUUCCGAGAUAGCUUCCGGCGGCGGAAAGACCCUCAUGUGCCCGAGUCUAGUAAACCUCAUCAAUGGCAAGCGGAUGAAAGUGCAGUGCGUUCAGCUACAUGCGCUUUUCAUGUUAAGUAUCUAGGAUGUGUAGAAGUUUUUGAAUCGAGGGGUAUGCAAGUUUGCGAGGAGGCCCUUAAAGUUCUCCGUAACUCAAGAAGAAGACCAGUACGGGCGAUACUUCAUGUAUCCGGUGACGGAUUGCGUGUUGUUGAGGACGAAACGAAAGGGUUGAUUGUCGAUCAGACAAUCGAAAAGGUGUCGUUCUGUGCGCCGGAUAGGAAUCACGAGAAAGGAUUUAGUUACAUUUGUAGGGAUGGCACGACAAGGCGAUGGAUGUGUCAUGGAUUUUUAGCAUUAAAGGAAUCGGGAGAAAGAUUGAGUCAUGCAGUAGGUUGCGCCUUUGCUGCAUGUCUGGAGAGGAAGCAACGAAGAGACAAAGAAUGCGGAGUUACAAUGACUUUUGAUUCGAAGACUUCCAUCUUCACGAGAAGUGGCAGCUUUAGGCAACCGAAUCUCGCGGAGCGGUUACAAGAAGCGCGUGAUCGUGCAGCAGAAAUUCCUCCAGUUAGGCAAGUGUACAAUCCUUUUGCAAUUGAGAGGCCGCACGCUACUCUAUCUAUGCUGGAGCGGCAAGGUUCCUUCCGAGGUUUUUCACAGCUAAGUCAAGCAUCCCCCUUUAAAAGGCAACUCAGUCUACGAGUCAACGAUCUUCCUAGUACUCUUGAACGCACACGUAGUCACAGUCUUGAGCCAACAGAUUUGGCGCGAAUGCCUUCAGCUCAUGUUGUACCUUCGAAGCCCCCAGAAUUCGAAGGAUAUGACGAAGUGAGUCCAAUACCAGAAAUAUUUCCUGGUGAUCACGACAGCGUUUCCGCGAUGUGUCAGCAGCUUUCUCAAGGACUUUCUCUGCUUUCGAGCAGCGAUGACUUUGGACCAUUGCCGUCAUCUCAAUCUGCCGCGAGCUCCGUAGCUAAACAGCUUUUCACCAGUACCACUACUAUUAACUCUCCUCCAGUAACGAGUAGCAACUCGUUGGAUGAGAUGAAACUGCAGAAUGGUCCCAAUAUCAAUAACAACGAUAACAACGACAAGAAUGAAGAGCUCAGUAAUUUGAAUCAUGUAGCGUCCAGUUGGCAAGAGUCCGCAUCCCCCGUUCUCACGUCGAAUCACAGGCUCACGCCUAUCCUUAAGGCGAGCAACUUGAGUCCCGUUCUUCCAAGGACGAACGCGCCCACUCCAGUCGUUAUGAGCACACCGGCACCUGUUUCCUCUAGUGUAGGUGCCUUUGGCACGCCGCCAUCGGCAGCAAGUCCUGCUUUCAGCACGGCUUCUACAUCCUCUUUAGGAAAUACGUCUACGCCGGCCGUGAACAGAUCGCCGAUCCCAAUAAAUUCCGCGAUGACGCCAAAAACAAGUUCUCCUAGUACCAGCGUAGCAUCCGUUUCCCCGGCGGUACCAACUGAUGUCGCUCAAGUCUCAUCGGCAACUGGAAUCCCGACGGCUUUAGUGCAACCGCUUUCCACAGCAGCUGGUUUACCGAAACCAGAACAAUGGUUGGGUAGUAUAACUGGCUCUGUACCAUCACCGGCACCACAGCAAGUAACUGUUAGUCCUCGACGAGCACCUCCUCUUCAUACCAGGGCACAUUCGCUUGGUUCGGCUGCAAUGAGCCUGACUUCCAGAGGACCUUCUGAUCCCUUUGACGUCGAAUGGGCAGAAAUAGCUUCCAGAAAUAUGCAGCAGUCAACCACGACGAAUCCCUUUAUUAUGCCGAACGCGACCCAGGCGUUCCAAGUGCAGUUGUAGCGUCAGGAGUUUAUCAAUAGUGUCGCCAAGUAUUUCCACUCAAGCACAUAGCGGCAACACGUCCGCCCGCGCUCCGACCUUGCACACAAUCGAAAGUAUUACACGUGAGUCGCGUAUCCUCGACCUGAUCAAGUUUCCGAAUGGGUAGCAAUGGGGUAUGCAAAGUGUCAUUAAAAGUUUCGAACUGAUAUCGCAAGGCGGAAAACCAGUAUAAUGGUUAGGUAGUAUAGGAAACUAGCAAUAGUACAAGAAUGUUCCAGAACAUGGAAAUAAAUCUCACAAGUCAAUAUGCCAAUAAUAUGAUGUUGCAAUUAUUGAGCGUUAUGCUGUUUGCCAAUUUUAUUCGACAAUUUAAAUGUCUAUCUGCAAUUGUGGUGAUAAAUGGAAAAUUGAAGUAACGCAUGCAAAUUUUAUGUCAAGUGUUAAAGGUGUUAAAUGCUUCUACAAACUUUUAGAAACAAUCACUAGAAAAAAAUGUAAAUUUAUAGUGUCAUGGACAUUUUACGCGAACAAAAAUUGCUCAAGGAAACGUUUGAUGAUGUUUAAUUGAAACAGUGUAAGUGGAAGUUUUCCAUGAGGCUAAAAAUAUUUAUAAAAUCAUCUAAAUGCUUCUAUAAGUCUUUGGAAAAAAAAACAAAGCACUAGAAAAAAAUUUGUGUGUAGCAUAGACAACUCUUAAAAAUAUUUUAAAAAUUACAGUUCUCAAAUUAGUUCUCUUACGGUCUUCACGAAAGAAUAGAUUAAUUUGAUCGAAUGGUUUGAUAAAUAUUUGACAAAUUUGGAGAUGUUUUCAUGCAAAACUUGGCGCUAUAUACGCUUUGCUCCAAUUUUAUGUCUCUCUCAUACAGCACUUAAAUUCAUGAACAAAAUCGCGAGCAAUAUUAUAUUCAAUAAUUACAACAUUACUACAUGGCAUAUUGACUUAUAAGGUCUGCGGUCUUUACUCUAUCCCUGUACUACCGAUGGUUUUUUUUUCUCGCAGCAUUAGUUCGGGAACUUUUUGAUUGCACCUCAGUUUAUCGUGAGAUCCAUUUAGAAACUGGAUCGAAGGAGCGCAUAGAUUUUUCUUGUCAAAUUGGCGCUUAGUAGCAACGACGAUAGGAGCGAACUAAACCAGCACAAAAUAUCAGCGUAAAAUAUACUUAAUAGAUAGAUAAGUAUAUACGCGCACAGCCUUAACGACCUCAGUAAGAAUAAAAAUAACACACGCAUAUACGCAUAAGCAAACGCCCGAGUGACGUGACACGGGACACAAAGUUUGACGCACCGAUAAUAACAGGCUACAUCUCGUCAGCCGUUUAAAUAGAAGCAAUAGAUGUCGCGAAGUACGCGUAUAAGCAGAAUUCCCGACAGUACGGAUAAUAUCUUACACUUAAAUGUCUAUCACGCGAUAUUAUAAUUGGAUAUUCUAAUUAUCUUGAGUAGAGUUAGGCUCAAACUGAGCGAUUAUCGUCGUUCUGCAUGAAAAACGAAAUUGUAUGCACUCAAGAUUACGCUGCACCCUUACUGUUAUUUUUUUCAAAAAACAGAAAAGAAAAAUAUAUAGGGUAGUUGUCACUUCGUGAUCGAAUCGUGACCUGAAUCACGAAGUGAGGUAACCGUACCUUCCACAGGAAGACUUGCAUUUCCGACAAGCUCACCCGACUCAAACGGAUAGAUAUGUUCUACCGAACGUAGAGUAUGCAGUAGGGGUUAACAUCUAUGAGGAGACUGUGAUAUUGAUGUGAAGUGGCUAGUACUUAAGCGAACAGGGUCAAACGGAUUACGAAGUAUCGUGAGGAACUUGCUCAAGGUCAUCGCACCGCGUGGUAGUACAGAAUGAGUGAUCGUGAGUUCGGGUACCACAGACUCUAUCGUCCCGUAUUAGCCGGUAAAAAACACCCCGUAAAUUACUUAAGAUUAGUUGUUAAAGACUAGCGGAGAUAUGUCUUACACUAUCGUUGUCUAUUAUACAUACGAUCGUGUCGCAUUUAUCAUGAGGACCGAGGAGCGGGAUGACGAAAGACGUGUAGAAAUUUUCGCACGAGAAUCGCUUGCGGAAUACAAUACCUUUUUCGAGAGUUUAGACGGUGCUUCCGCUCUGUAAUAAUAAUAGUUGCGAAAAUCGCUUAUCGAGCCGAUUCUCAAGUGUGAGUUCAUAUCUACGAUCUGAUUGCGCUCAGCUAUGUACAUCGUAGCGAGUGAAGGAGUUUCCUCAGUCUCGUGUAUAUAGUAAUUGAUAGUAUCCCGUGAGAUAUCAGUAUUGCGCCUCGCAGCUUUUUGUCUUUCAAGUUAAUCGCUGCACUUUCGGUUUUUCGAAACGGAUCGAGGGUAAACGUCGAGGAAGGCCAAGGGAGAUAUUACAAGAGGGAUAAUUGAGGCGUGUAUGUAUGCAUUGUAUAUAGAUUAGUUAUUUAAAAUGUAAUGCGACAGUGAGGAGAGUGAAGAAGUUUUAGAGAGCGUAUGUCAUUUGUUAAGCCGGCGACUCAGCAAUGAGACGAGAGAAAUUCUUUCUCAAGUUCAAUCGAAGCGAAUAAUCGAAUUGUACUAUAUAAUAGUAUUUUAUAAUUUUAUAAAAACGAUAUGGAGAGACGAUGAUGUUACGAUUCUGCAUCAUGAAAGAGAGAUCUGCAGCUUACUUGUAAAUUAUAAAUUAAAUAUAAAUUGUAAAUUAUAAGUUAUAUAAAUUAUAUGUUUGGUGAUGGUCUCUAUUCUUGGAUAAUUUUUAAGAGUACUAGAUUGUCACGCGUAGUAAUUUUAACAAAUGAAUACGUAAAUAUAUGUAAAUAUUUCCGCAAUACAAAUUUAUUUAUGCAGCAUCGUUUUGAUUGCGCGAUUUUUGAUGUCGUUAACUCGCAUCGAAACGUAAUUUAUUUAGUCAUGCUAAAUAUCGAAGCAUAUUACUAUUUUUCCAUACAGACAAAGUGUUAAAGUAUUAUUGCUUCGAUUGUAAUUAACUAAAUUGGAUAACCGAUUAAAAGAAAUUAUUAUUGGCAAUUGUAAAUCGAACGAUACGAUUUCUACGAUAAGAAAAAUCGCCGUCCUCAUUGCGAGUUGUUCGGCAAAAAUGGACUUGGUUUUUCGAGCCACCUUCCGUCCGUCCCGAAAAUCAAAAGGUAACAAGGAGGAAUAAAGUUAAGCGAGAAGAGGAAGUUAAACGAAUAAUUGUAAAGCAGCACAUAAGGAAGCGAUCGCUUAGGUACUUAUUGUGGUACUUAUGAAAAAAAUGUCGUUUAAUCAAUGUACUUAAAUAUUAACACACGUAGAUCGUUGUUAGCGAGAUCGUUGCUAAUCGACGCACGUUGUCGAUGUCUUCUCCUUUAUUCAUCUUUAUAACUUUUAUUGUUUUUUUUAUUUUCUUCGGACUGACAUUUCUUCCGUUUCUCCAGUUAUUUUCCUCGUACAUUUCCCGAGGAAGUGUAUGAAAAGAAAAACGUGUACAUAUAUAUAAUACAACAUAAUUCGUUGUAACAUUACGUUUAUGUACUUAUUGUUUUCCUUUUACGUUUCUUAGUCGAUGUACGCUAACUUACACGGUUCAUUUGACUAGGAUCGAGGAGGAGCGAUAGCGGCGUCUUGGCUAGUCUCUACAUCUACGACGUCUAUAAUUUAUUUGGAGGUUGAAUUCUUUUUUAUAACUUUUUAAUCGAAGCGAUCAACGAGUUUCAAUGUGUUAGACGUCUUUUUCUUCUCAUUUCUGGGAAGUUAGGAGAUCAGCCAAGACGCGUUCCGGUGUCUCGUUUGACUGAAGGCGAAUGCAUUUAGACAAGCGGACAACAGUGGCAUACAUACACAUAUACAUAUACAUAUACACGUACAUGUACUUAGAGAGAGACGCCGGGACAAGGAUAUAGGCGAAUAGAUGCACCGCGUGCCAAAUUCAAAAGUGCAACCGCGUUGCCUGCCAGCUGGAUGGUACAUCGCGCACGCUUACGUGGUUGUGUUGUACAUAGUAUCGCCGGUCGAUUCCUGGAUCAACAUACGACUUAAUGCGUGUAUAUUUCGUAAAGGUAUCCUUGUUCAUUUUACAUUGUAUCUGCCACUGUAAAAAUACGGUUUAUUAUAUAAUAUCUGUUGUGAUUAUGAA